CUUAACAGGUCGACGUCCAUCUUUCCUGAGGUGUCUCGCGUUUCGUGUAUUUAACAAUCGAGUUGUAGUGGAUAGUGCACGUGUGUCGUAUUGUUGCCAUUUGUACGUGUCGUCGUGGUGUUGUAUGUAAUUGUUCUCUGUGAGGUGUAUACCCUCUGGCGUAUAGAUAAUUUUUGCAAUGAUGGAAAACCAUCUGUGGACCAGCAGUAGCGACUCGGAUCAAUUGGACCAGUCACAAGAGAACGGAGACGCCUUGUCUACCAAGGAUACCAAGCGAAAGAAAGACCCUGUCGAGGAGAUCAAACGCAAGUCACUUGCUGCAAAGCGUAAUCUGCGGACCAAGUCUUAUGAUCUAAAGAAACCAAAGACUACUACCUUUAUGAGAAAUCUUAAUAAGUUUGCAGCACAUAGAAAAGCAGUUGUAGAUGCAACUCAGUGUCCUAAAUUGCUACUAAGUGAACCAGAAAUUAAGCACAAGCGAGCAAUGCCACAACCUUUGCAAAAAAGGGGAUUUUUUCUAUCGGGUGUCAAGGGAAAGGAGGUAUCACGUUCAUUUGAAGAUCAAAAUAAAGUGAAGAAUGCCAUAUUAAACAAUGAUAUUUUGCAACUUCUGCAAAGUGGAAGUCGUUGGCCGGCACCCCCUGCAGAACCAUCAAAUGAAGAUACUGAUUUAGAAAUACAAUUAGAGGUAGCAAAAGUAUUGAAAAAAUCUUCAGAUAAUAGUCCGAGUAUUGAUUGUUUAUUGUCUUCCGGAAGAGAGGACAAAUUUAGUCCCAUAUUAAGCAAAGCUAAAACUAUUAAAAAUCAGAAUUUAAAGAAACCAGCUACAAACAGAGUACAAGCAUUGAAGCCUCCUCGAAUAGAUCAGCCCCCUGUAAGAGAGCAGUUAAACAACGACGAAAAAUAUAAAAGAAGAUUAUUUGAAGCUGGCAAGCAUUUUGCAAAUUCUGAACACUCUCAUCAUUUAAGGCAUAAUGAUGCACCGUUUCCACAUUCCAUGAAACAAUCAACCCCAAAAAGUGUUAUAUAUUUCACUGAUCUCUCACGUCAAAAACAAGAAGCAGAUAGGUCUUACAAAAAAUAUAACGGUAUUAAUCCUAUGAACCAGCAAACGAUUAGGUGUUAUAUGCAAACAUGCAAAACGAUAGCGGAUGAAAAAUUUGGUAAAUUCAGCAAUAUUUUCAGAAAUGUCAGAGAUCCGUUAGAAAGUGCUAAAGCAGCCUUGAAAUCCACCUAUGCCAAUUCCCUUAAAGAAUUUUUGGAAAAGCAAAAUGCAGCAGGGACAUCUACUCCGAAUGAUUCAGAAAUAAUGAUAGAACCUGAUUCAGCAAUCCCUAGAGCUAUCAGGAAUAACAUUCGGUCCACAACAAAAAGUGUCGCCUGGAAUCCGGACAAUUAUUCAUCCAAUGAUUUUUCAUCCAAUGAUUUUGAUGAUCUCGAUUUAUUAGCGGCUGUGGAUGCUGUUGACAACAGUUUUUCCAACAAAAAACUCUUCUCCUCAGCAGAAAAAAGUUUACAAAGUGAAAGGACAAUGCCUUUAUCGACAAGAGCAAACGUAGAUCCGACAAGUGUAAAUAUUAAAUUAAAAAUAGACUCUGUUGACAAAAAUCGUCAAGAACUGGUUGCCCGCUAUUUGAAUGAUGUAAGUCAAAAUAACGCUCGUACAAAACAAGAGAGUGUUCCUUUGGAAGGUAAUAAAGUCAAAAUAAACACUCAUUAUCUGAACAAUGACAAAUUAUUCAUAACAAAUGACGGGGUUGCUAAAACUUAUUUGAAUCGUAAGAGCACAAAACAUGUUCCAACCAUUUUGAGAAAAAAUCGAUCUCAAGGGGAUUACGUAGAGAAAGAAAAGGUUGGAAAUGGUCCAAAUCUUGGUAAAACCAAUGCUCAAACGUCAGGAUUAGACUUUAGGAUUGGUAGCAAAAGUGUGAGUCAACAUACUUGUAACUAUAAGAGUGAAUUUGAGAAGAGUCAAAUGUUAAAGGCUGUAAAAUCAAGCUUUGUUCCUACAAAUGUCAAGUACAGCCAACCGAUGAGAAUAGAUUUACCACUAGCAGCUGGGCAGAGUAAAAAGAUUUUAAGAAACGCCGUUGCCCUUGAAUCACCCAAAAGACUCUUGUUUGAAUCGAAAAAUCAUGUUGGCAACCACUUUGUAUUGCCUCAAAAUAAUUUUUGUGUAUCCGCUAUUGAUCAGAGAAAUAACUGUAUGGACAACAGACAAGAUUUUCAUCAAUAUCGUUUAUCAAAAGAGUAUUCCGAACUCAGUAAUCUUAGCUUUCCAAUGUGCCAAUCUUCACAGGGUGAUUCUAUGCCAGAAAAUAACUGCAUGUUGAGAAUGAUUAGUUUUGGCGAUAUUCAAGAAAGAACCAAUCGUUUGACCCUCCUUUCGAGCCAAAGUCAAAGUUGUUCUCAAAGAAACGGGGAGAAUAUUUAUUUCUCUCAAAAUGAGCGCCACAAUUUGUAUUCAAACCCUCAAGAGCAGCAGUACGACUCUGCCAAUAACACUUUCAACAGUCAGUUAUGCUCAUCUUUCACAAAAGUAGCGACCCCACAAUUUUUCAAUAUCCCAAUGCAUUCUACUAACUGUAGUUGUUGCUCUCAUAACUAUGUAAACUCUAAUGAGACACAGUAUCUCUCCUCUCAGAAUGGAUUCAAUAUUAUAACUUCCAACAAUAAUCAUCCUAUGGAAGAAGCAAACAGUAUUGUUUAUCCAGUUAAUGAUUACCAAGUAUAUGACAGUCAGAGCACAUGUGCACCUGUACAGCAUAAAAAUCCACAGCAGGCAGUGAAGUUCAUUGCUGUCGGAGAUAACAAUGUACCUCAGAGACGACCAGUUUAUCGAAUGCAUGAAAACGAUUGUGCGCGCAAAGUGUCUAAUCCGAGUCAGCAGUAUGCAAUCAUGACAAAGCCUGUGUACUCUGAAAAUGUAUCCAAUCAGGCACGUUAUGCCGCGUCGAUUCCUUCACUCCGGUAUUACGAGCAAGGAACAAUCAUCAAUCCUGACUUUGAGUACAGUAAUAAUAAUAAUCAUGUUAUCAACAAACAAAUUUCUUCAAACGUAGAGAGACUAUUAGACUUGGACAAUCAGGAUUCGAUAUCAAACGGAAAUCAUUUUGUCGUGAACGGCAUGCCAAGUCAUCAAAUUUUAAUCAAUAAUCAGAGUAUGCCAAUGCACCCUGUUGCCAGAAGUCAAAAUUAUAUUGAACAAGAAAUGCUUGUUCAGAAGCAAUUGUCGCAAAAUUCUCAGCGUGUUGGCUGUCAGCCUCUAGGUUAUUACGUUAAUAAUGAGCCUCACAGUGUAAAUAACGCAUAUUUACAACAAAUGAAUCAUCGUGUUCUACAUCAGAAUAGAUCUUGA